GCUGAAUACAAUUAAAUUUAAAAUGUUCUCCAACUGAAGAACAUAUAUUUACGAUUUUGAAUGGAUAUUUAGGUUGGUCACAAUGAUCACUUGUGGACAGAAGAAUAGUGUUUCCCGUGAGAUAUAGAUUCGAUUCUGUGCUGUAAUGUCUUCUUUGGUGGAUUAUGGAAGCAGUGACGAAAGUGAAAAUGAUGAGAACAGUAAACCCGUUCUUGAAUCUGGACUACCUGUUUUGAAGGAAAUCGAGAAGAAUCAGUACAACCGACCAGUAGGCGAGGAUGAAAAGUACUCAAAAUUAUUUUUAUCCCUUCCACCACCAAGUACAACCAGGACUGGUUUCAUUUCUAACACAGAUGAUGAUGGAUUUAUUGUAAACAGUCGCAAACAUUUGCAAAAGAAACAACCUGUGAAGAUUACAAUACCUUCCUUGUCAGAGUUUAAAGAUGAAGAAAUAGAACCUGCAAAGAAGAAACUCAAGCCCUCAUUGAAAGGUUCUGGUCUGUUUUCGAUACUUCCUGCUCCAAAAAAUGUAUCUGUAAAGGAAAUAAAACGUUCAUUGGUACCUCAUGUUUUGACAAAAAGAUCAACAAGCAUUACUCCUGCCUCUUCUGUAUUCAAAUCUGAAGCUGGUGACUCAGUUAAAAAUGCAUCAACAUCUUUAACAAGUUAUGCAGAUUCUGAAGAAGAAUCUGAUGGAGAGGGCGAUUUUUUCUCCUUGAAAAUGGACCACGAAGCAAUAAAUAAUGCUAACACAACAAAACAAGUGAUUCCUGUUGUGGCAGACAGUUUUCUUGAUACAAAUGAAAGUGUUUCUGCUAGUAAGGAGGAUACACUGAAGUUGAACGAUGAUGAACCACUGAAGUCGAACGAUGAUGAACCACUGAAGUCGAACUAUGAUGAACCACUUGCAUUCAAUUCUGAGUUCAGUCCAUCACCGUGGGCAAGUGGCCCAUCUCAGGAUGGACAUGAAGUAUAUGGGCACUGGCAGAAUAUGGAACCUGCAAAACAAACUGCAUCUGGCAGUAAUGAUAACAUCUCAGUGCAGCAGGAAGAUCUGCAAUUGAAUGAUGAGGCGUUGCAGCGUCUUUGUGGCCGACGCGCAAAGAGACAACAGCAAGACAUGCAACUGAUUGAGGUUAGCGGGGAUGCAAUAAUGCCAGACCCCAAGGAGUGGCUUACAAAACAACUGACACAGGAACAAGAGACUAAAAGUCAUAGUCACAGGAAGAACGAAGGUCCUACAACACAGCAAAGACGAAAACACCAAAUUACUUACCUUGCUUUCCAGGCAAAGGAGAAUGAGCUGGAACUCAAGAACCAGUGGUCCCAAAAUCGCAUGUCUCGCAAACAGACGCAAUCCAAAUAUGGUUUCUAGGAACUCGUGUAUUUUGUAUUUCCCGGUCCACCUUUUGGGCGUCUGAAGUUCCAAGGCGCUUGGUGUUGAGGCACGGACAUUAGACUAGCAGUCAGUUCUUUUUGUUUCACAAGCUGAGUCUUAACUUGUUGGUCAGCAUGUACAUGUUUCUGUUUAAGCUGAGCCAAUAAUUCCUGUGCCUGUGC